UGUAGCGCUCGAACUCCACCGAGACUGUGCCCGGUUCAUCCGCGGAGCAGGCAGACAAGGGGGCGGAACGGACACGGGAAACUUGACAGAGAACACCGCUAGGACCCCGCUGACACUCGGAUUGCUCGGACUUUUACGGCGAUUCUGUUGAUCCAAGACAACGACUAAUUGACCGACGAGCUAGCACUGGUCUGAGGCGAGUCCAGCGAAAGAAUAUCGUGAAUAGAGUGGCACGAAUGCUUUUUUCUAAGUGAAGUGGCCAGAGCAAAGUAAGUGGACUCUGAAGUAGGACCUAGACUGAACCAGGACAGCGCGGAGGCUUGUCACGCAGAGAGAGAGCCUGGUUCGAGGCAGAAAUUCCCAGAGUGCAGCGGCGGGUCAUGCGGCUUGCUCUGAUCGGUGGACGGAGCGCCGCGACGCGUCAGUGAACGGUGAAGAAGAAGACGAAAGGACUGUCCUCUACCGUGCUGUCCCGUCAGUCCACAUCGGGCUUGGAAAGAAGCUACAGACCCUGCCAUGUCUCGCAGGAAGCAAAGCAAACCCCGGCAGAUUAAGAGGUCCAUGGGCGAUCUGGACAGCGGGGAGGAGAAUACUGCAGACAACAUGAGUCUCUCCGGAGAAGAGGGAGGGGCUUCAGAUCCAGAGGACUCCACAGAGGACAGAGACAGCGCCAGUCCACAGCCCUUCACACCCGGCUUCAGUGAAGAGCCCCACAGCCAGGACUCGCGGGGCGGUCCUGAUGAGGAAGACCAGGCUGACGAACAAGCUCCUAUCUCGAGUGACGAUGAAGAGGAGGAUGAAGGAGAGGAGGAGACAGACGGACAGCAGUGGAGCGGACCAGAUGAGCUGCAGAUGACUGAAGAAGGCGGGGUUUGUACCAUUCUGGCUCGCACUGACCUCCAUCAGGACACAGUGUGGGGACCCUAUCCUGGAACGGUCCAAUCAGAGAGCAGCACAGAAAACCAGGAAGCACAGAGCCCGACAGUGACCAUGGCAUGUGAGGAUUCUAACUGUUGGAUCACCAGACUCCCUUUAACUGCUGAUGCCCCAUCUGCCAACUGCACUGUCUACAGCCAAGGUAAAGAGUUGUUCUGUAACUUGACCAGGGACCUGGUGGCUGGUGAGAGCCUGGUGGCGUUGUUGUCUGGUCGUCCCACCUCCUCCUCAGACCCCCAGGAGUCUCCUCCCCUAAGCCUGGUCACUCACAAGCAGCAGCCUGUGGUGAAGGAGGAGCCUGUUUACCCUGCUGCCCUUCACUCGGACAUCCAGCUCCUCCCUCAGCAGGCUGGCAUGGCAGCCAUUUUAGCCACCGCUGUUGUUAAUAAGGACAUCUUUCCCUGUAAAGACUGUGGGAUCUGGUACCGCAGUGAGAGGAACCUCCAGGCGCACCUCAUGUACUACUGUGCCAGCCGUCAGAAGCAGCCGGCUGCUGCCGUCUCUCCUCCACAGGAAAAACCAAAGGAGCCCUACCCCAACGAACGCAUCUGCCCCUUCCCACAGUGUAACAAGAGCUGCCCCAGCGCUAGCUCUCUAGAAAUCCAUAUGCGCACACACAGUGGUGAACGUCCAUUUGUCUGUCUCAUCUGUCUGUCGGCCUUCACCACAAAAGCAAACUGUGAGCGCCACCUAAAGGUCCACACUGACACUGUGAACGGAGUGUGUCUGGGCUGUGGCUUUGUCUCCACCACCAGAGACAUCCUGUACAGUCACCUGGUCACCAGCCACAUGGUGUGCCAGCCAGGGUCCCGCAGUGAGGUCUACUCCCCAGGACCAGGCCUGCCUAAGUUACCUUUAUCCAUUGGUCUAAGUCCUGGAGACUCGGGGGUAGUGUUGAAGUGCCAGGUGUGUGGACAUAACUCCGACUCCCCCUCCCAGCUCCAGCAGCAUGUCCGCACCCAUCUGGAAGUGCGGGUCCCUACUGAGAGAAGCCCCACGCCACGCCAGAGCACUCCAUCUUCAGAUCAUGCACAACCUCAUGUGUCUCCCAAAGAGAGGGAGCCCCUGGCCUGUGUCCCAAAGCCUGACUCAUCCAGUCCUGGAGCAAAUGGAAGUGCUGCCACAACCCCUGUUUCUGAAGCAGCGGGCAGCCUUCGAAUCAAAGAGGAACCACAGUCAGAUACAGAGGACCAGCACAUGGAGGUGAGAGAAGAUGGAGAGGUGUCAGGGGCAGAGCAGAUGGAGGAAUCCAGGCAAGAAACAAAGCAACGAGAUUUAUCAAACUCCUCAAGUUCUCCUAAAAGUCCAGCCACCACCGUGAAGGCAGAACCGACCAGCCCGACCCCUGGUUCAAGCCCUGCGCAUGUUGGAGGAGCUGCAUCAGUUCUUCCAGGGGGAGCCCUGUUUCUGCCCCAGUACAUGUUCAACCCAGAGGCAGCCAUUUUACCACAGGCCUCAGAGAUCCUAGCCAAGAUGUCAGAGAUGGUCCAUAGUCGUAUCAAACAAGGCCAGGCACUGCCUCCGAACAGUCCCAAUGCAUUCUUCCCUACUGGACCUACCGCCCCCACAGCAUCUGCAACCCCCCCUCUUAAAGGUGCUACCUGCUUUGAGUGUGACAUCACCUUUAACAACAUCAAUAACUACUAUGCACAUAAGAGACUGUACUGCUCUGGGCGGCACCAAGCAGAGCCCAGUGCAGCUCCUACUAGUGUGCCUUCUGUAGGAGCAACCACUUCUCCACAAGGGGGCGCCACAAGCAGAGCAGCCUCCGCCUCUCCCACACACUCUGACCCCGCUGCAGGGAGCGGAGCAGAGAGCAGACACAGAGUGGAGGUGAAGCUUGAUAUUCCAGUGGGAAGGGAGGGUGUCACCUCCUCUCCCGAGGCAGAGGGGGGCAGUGGGGGCGGAGGAGGGGGUAGAGCCAGUGAGGGCAGCCAGAGUCCUGCCAGUGGAUCUGCAGAAGAUCCAGAGGAUGAUCCCAACCGGACCUUCUGUGUGGCCUGCAACAUUCGCUUCAGUCGCCACGAGAACUACACUGUUCACAAGCGCUUCUACUGUGCAUCCCGCCAUGACCCCUCCAACCAGCGCUCUGGGCACAUGGCCAAGGUCAAUGCUUUCAUGCCUCAACCUAUCCGCACUCGCAAGAGGAAGAAGAUGUAUGAGAUCCACAUGGCCCGCACCCAGGCUCUGGCUGCUGCUGCUGCUGCUGCCAAUGCUGCCACAGCUGCCUCCUCAGCUGCAGCCUCAGCCCCAUCGCCCUCAGUGUUGGGACUCCCCCUGCAGCCUGAGGGCUCUCCCAACGGGACAGAGGCAUCCAGUCCAGAGGGGGAUGGCCCCAUAGACCUGAGCAAAAGACCUCGGCGGACAGAGGUGAGCCGACACAGCAGUAGCCUUCUCCCUGCUCUGCCCCUGUCAGACUAUCACAAGUGCACUGCCUGCAGCAUCAGCUUCAACAGUAUCGAGAACUAUUUGGCCCAUAAGACCUACUACUGUCCAGCCACUUCUCUGCAGGCCCAGACACUGGAGCAGCUCCACCGGCUCAAAAGAUCAGCCUCUACUUCUCCUAAGAGCAGGUCCGUGGAGCGGUCAGAGCUCCUGCACCCUGUUGAGGCUAAGGUUUCCCCCUCAGAAAGACUGAAUCAGGCUUGUGUUACAUCACCCAGUGCUUACCCCUCUGCCAUCUCUCCUGCUGAUGCCCCCUCUCGCAGCUCCCCCAAAGGGACCAGGGCCUGUUCCCCAGUGGCCUGCCCAUACUGCCCCAACAGGCCGCUCACUGGAGAUCUGAUGGAGCACUUCCGAAGUGUUCAUGGACUGGUGGUGAAAGUCAAGUCCCCCAGAGACACGAGCCCCUGUACCAGUCCCAUGGACGAAGCUAGUACCACCCCCUGUGAGCCAUCAGGGGGACCGAGGCUCCCACGGCUCCAGAGAGACAGUGUGAAUGGACAGGCAGCAGGUGGAAUAGGGUCUCCUAUGUUAAACGGAGCGCCCUCUGCUGAUGGGUCGUGCUCACCUGGAUCACCUCAGCCUCUGUCUCCUCCCAGAGCCUCUUCUCUGACUGUGUCCCCGCUCCCAGAGGUGAAGAGGGAGUCCCACACAGCGGAUGAAGCCUGCUCCCCUGUGCCUGCUCCUAAAACCCAGGUGAUCUCCCCACUUCAGAACGGAAACACACGCUUUUGUCGCUUGUGCAACAUCAAGUUCAGCAGCCUGUCCACCUUUAUAGCUCAUAAGAAGUACUACUGUUCCUCUCACAGUGCGGAACAUGUUAAAUGAGCAGAGCUCUGAGCUUCUCCAGUACAAACCCUAGUCUGCUCUUGUUUUAGCUGCAGAGUGCCAGCCCCUCACAAUUAUCUAAAGGACUUUGGCUGACAUGUCAAGAGUGACCUUUACUGACUGUUACUCACCUGGACGGGCAGAUGUCCAACUGCAGUCAAGCAGGUGGUGUUACUCUAAACAGAAACUGCUGCAGCUCCUCCUAUGGGUCAAAGUUAGUAGUAAACGAAGAGCUGAUUGAUGCUACCUGCACACAGUUCUGCUCCCGUCCCCUAGAUCACUGUCUUUAUUCUGGUCUCCUAAAUCCUUUAGUUACACCAAGCGCUACAGUGCUGCCCAGUCUUAUGCAGUAUUCAAUCCAAAAGAGCCUAAAUCACUGAAAGUCCAUAUGUAGGAAAGAGUGAAUUUAAAAAACAUGCUUUCUGCAUAUGCCUUCAGCAGGUGUACCGCUUAGUGAAAACUUGGGCUUUAUUGGCCUCUCAUAGACCUCACAUUCUGUUGCAUUAUGGGACGUUAAAAGAUUGACUCUUCACUUUCUGCUGUUUGCCAGGUAAACACAUUUGUGAUAAUGAUUGUGACUGAAAAUGGCAUUUCUAACUGAGAGAAGUUCUAAUGAUGCUCUUUGUAUUCGAGGACAGAAGGGAGCACUCAUUUUGUUGCGUGGAUAAGACUUGAUUAUUGUUGAUGAUUUUAAUAUAUGUGCAUAGUGUAUCAUGUCCAAGAAAAGAAUUCUAUUAAGCUUUUGGUUUCAACACUGGCUCUUUUUGCUAACUAGAAAAGUGUUUUAGCUCAAAACAACCCGUGAAUAUCACAAUGUUACCAAUUACUGAAGGAUAAUGCUUUUCUUUCAUUUCUACACAAUUCUCUUUCAAAACUAGGGAGAAAAAUGUGAACUAUUUAUCUAGUCCUCACUGAUUUCAUGUCAACAGAAACUACCUACCGAGUGUCUAAGAGUAUUUGUAUUUGAUUUGUAUAUUUUUCAUACUGUUGAAGGAACUGUUGUAGUGUAUUUUAUAAGUGUAGAUAUGUAAUAUCUUCUCACGGUAAUCACUGGGAUCACACUGAACUUGAGCACAUUUUGUCCAUUUUAUCCUCUUUUUUAAUCCGAUCUGCAGCCUCCCACACCUCUCUCACAGAGGACCUUGAGCUCCUCCGAUUUUGUUGCUUUGACAUCAGCGUAUAACCUCCGUGUGCUGCAAACUUUUCUAAUGUGACAUUUGCAAGAAUCCAGGAAAAAACAGACAAAACAAUACAAAAAAAAAACAUUUAUUUUAUUGGUUGAGAAGAUGAUACAAUUAAAGUUAAAGACUGAGAGCAUUUUCAAAAUUUUUAACAAAAAGCACAGUAUUGUCUGUUACAUAACCACAAAUUACACAUUUUACUUGCCCAUUAUAUUGCAAAGGUUAUUAUCCAUUAGCGAGUCAUCUUUCUUUCUUUUGACUUUUUCCUUGUGUGGUGCAGAAAAUCACAGUAAUUUGGAUUGGUUUAAACACCAGGUGGCUUUCUUUAUGCAACCCUCAGCUUGGGACCAGCUCAGUCAGUCAACUUGUUGUUAGUGACUUUAUAAAUUGAUUUGUUGUAAUAUAUUUUCAUAAUGGGUACAUCACUGAAAUAUCACACAUUUUAGCAUCAGCUGGGAGAUCCUGUCACUGGCCUUGAGUGUACAAAACUCUAGGCAGACUGUCUGACCAUCUGCAUUGGCUUCACUUCUCUAUACAAUACGAAGCAUUUGAAUAAGACUGUUUAUUUCUUGUCACGCCGUGUAUCACUGGACAAAUGUCGUCUGGCCCUUUGUUGUCAGAUGGUUUAGUGGUGAAGCUGCAGCACACAUACACAGCAGUCAUGUGUUGAAUCUUACCAUGUCCACUGUAACCAAAAUAUUUUUAUCCUCAUGCAAGAUUCUUGUAAAUGUUGCACUGAAAAUAAAUUUUUAGUGGUUUUUCAGAGAGGGUUGUCCAGCUGUGUAGCCUUACAAUAAUCAGCUUUCACCAUGAGCUUUGCACCUGAGUUCUCUCUCUCCUCUAACACCCACUACUACCUUUUAUCACACAAAGAAAACAUUUUUGUUGCUCAUAAUUAUUCGACAAAUCUUUGAAAAGCUCUGUGACGUCUUUUUGUAUUUUUCACAAGUUUCUAAUUUCCUGUUUCACUCUGCACAAUAAUGCUCUGUGCAGGUACACACUCUUGGAGGUGAUUACAGCACACAUUGCAGCUCUGAUUGAUUCCACAAGCAAUCUCCUUUUUACCACCUAAACUUCAUUUGGCACUCUUUAUGGUGGAGAGUCUGGCUGUAAAAGUUUUGGAUUUAAAAGCACCUUCUUGCAGUUUUGAUAUAUUCUGGUCACUAUGGUGAGAAUUCAGCCUCUUAACAGAAGUAUGAAGAAACACAAAUUAAUUCAAUUUUGAAAAACUUCAUGUGCGUACUGGAUUGCUAGUUUUCAAAAAUAUAUAAAGUUGAUGGCGGUGAACUUCAAAUGAAUGGCAUUUUUAAGUUGUAGAAAUAUGGAUAAUGAUGUCAUAUCUUUGUUAGUGCUGAGUCUUAGGAGGAGGAGGUCAAGUGGAAAAAAUGCAAACACAGUUUACUAAAAGUUCAAAGCUAUUCACACUGAUGGAGGAUAAGCAACACAUUGAAGGACCCAGUGCUGUAAACUUUCUUUAAUUGCACUCUUAUGUUAAAUUGUUUUUAUUAUAUAUUUAUGUUCUACAGCACUUUGCCCCUGAUUCAAAUCUCACUAUUGAUUUAUGUUGAAGGACUCUCUAAACAGCUCUGACCCUUGUGUAAUGGUUUCAAAUUCAGUGUUUUUCUUAAUAAUUCCUGUUGACCUAAGAAAUCAACUGUCAAAACUUUAAUUUGUUUAUUCUUUUGUAAUAACAGUUCUGUUUCACUACACUCUUGUCCAAACUAUGCAUGGCAAAUAAAAGAGAGAGACACUGA